AUGUCUCAGACCGUACUCAUGAAGGAGUACAAAGCUUUGGCCAAAGAGAAAUGGGUAGAGAUCGAUAUUGACGAAGAUAAUAUCUACCACUGGAAUCUGGCCCUAAUGGUCUUGAAUCCCGAUUCUCUCUAUUAUGGAGGCUAUUUCAAAGCACAGAUGACUUUCCCGAAAGACUAUCCAUACAAGCCACCGGACUUCCGCUUCAACAAACCACUCUGGCAUCCCAAUAUCUACGCCGAUGGUCGUCUCUGUAUAUCCAUUCUCCAUGCUCCUGGAGAUGAUGCCAUGUCGGGAGAAACUGCAGGCGAAAGAUGGUCACCAGCGCAGCGCGUCGAGUCCGUUCUCAUCUCGAUCCUGUCACUUCUAGACGACGCCGAAGUAUCCUCGCCCGCAAACGUCGAUGCAAGCGUCAUGUGUAGAGACGAUCAGGAUGCAUUCAAGGCCAGAGUUCAGCAAGAUGUCGAGGCGUCAAAGAAGGACGUUCCUGAGGGAUUUGUUCUUCCCACACACGAAUCAUCCAAGCCGGUCGUGGACAAAAUCGACGACGAUUUCUGGAACGACAGUGAUGCUGAAGAGGUGGACUUUGACGAUUUUGACGAUUUCGACGAUGAUGCCGCCAAUGGUAGCGAAUCGGACUCGGAUCUCAACAAUGAAUCGGAAGAUGACGAGAAUUAUGAUGACGACGACGACACCGAGCAUGAAAAGACACCAGGCAAAGGCAAGGCUCGAGAAGAGAGAUUGGACUCGGAAAUGACUGAGCCGGAUGACUGA